GGCGAGACAGUUAGUGCCAAGAAUUAAGAGGGAUCCACAAAAGCUUCCCCUCGUCCCAAAUUUCAAAUUCCCCACUGCUAAAUCUCCUAAAAAGAUUCAAUUUUUUUUUUAUAAUCCAAUCAUGGGUUGUCAUCGCUCCUUCGUGAGUAGUCUGACAAUGGCGAGCUUAGCGGUGGCUCUUGUCCUAACGGCGGCGAUAAUCACAGCUUCCGCCGCCGGAGGCGACUCUCCCGAUCUCCAUGAGGUUAAGGUUCGUCGCCACUUGAAGAUGCCGAACAAGCCCAAGACCGCUCUCGAAUCCAUUAAGAGCCCAGAUGGAGAUAUCAUAGAUUGCAUCCCUAUAAAUCAACAACCGGCUUUUGAACAUCCUCUGCUCAAGACCCACACCAUUCAGAUGAAGCCGAGUUUCCACCCAGAAGAAGUUUUUGCAGAGAGCAAGGUCUCGUCGAAUACCACAAAACAGUCCAAGGAUGUUCUAUCUCAGCUUUGGCAUAUGAACGGAAAAUGCCGGGAAAACACCGUUCCAAUAAGAAGAACAAGAAGAGAAGAUCUCACUCGGGCGAAUUCGAUUGAGAAUUACGGGAAAAAGAACAAAAAAAGCAUCCCUCAACCCAAGUCCUAUGAUCCUGCAAGUGUCCUCACACAUAAUAACCAUCAGCAUGCCAUAGUCUACGUGGAGAAGGGGAAAUUUUACGGCGCCAAAGCCAAGAUGAAUGUCUGGAAGCCCGUUGUCCAAAUGCAUAACGAGUUCAGCUUGGGACAGAUUUGGGUAUUGGGUGGUAGUUUCGACGCUGAUCUCAACAGCAUCGAAGCUGGUUGGCAGGUCAGCCCGCAGUUGUACGGCGACAGUAACACGAGGCUCUUCACUUAUUGGACUAGCGAUGCAUACCAAAGAACAGGAUGCUACAAUCUUCUAUGCUCGGGUUUUGUUCAGACCAACAAAGAUAUCGCCUUGGGCGGAUCUAUCUCUCCCAUUUCGAGCUACGACGGCUCCCAAUACGAUAUCACCAUACUUAUCUGGAAGGACCCGAAAGAAGGGAACUGGUGGCUGAAAAUGGGCAAGAAAUACGUCAUAGGGUACUGGCCGGCCUCGCUGUUCACUCACCUAUCGGACAGUGCGUCGAUGAUACAAUGGGGAGGCGAGGUCGUGAAUUCGCGGGAAGACGGGCGACACACGACGACUCAGAUGGGGAGUGGGCACUUUGCCGAGGAAGGUUGGAAAAAGGCAAGCUACUUCAGUCAUGUCCAGACAGUUGAUGGAUCCAACACUCUUAGAGAUCCAGUUGGACUUCAAGUCUUCGCUGAUCAAGAAAGAUGUUACAAUGUCAAGAGUGGAAGUGGCGGUCCUUGGAGAAGUUACUUCUUCUACGGUGGUCCUGGUCGAAACCCUAAUUGCCCUUGAAUGCGUGUAUGUAUGCAUGCAUGCAUGCAUGUCUCGUGUACACACACACACAUACAUAUAUAUACACACCACAGUUUAAAUUUAUAUCGAUUCGGAGUGUGUAGUUUAUAUACAAGAUAAUAAAAUCUUCGGAAUUUAUGUUUGUGUUUUUUUUUUA